CAAGGAAACGAGUGAUGAACACGACACCCGAGAAAGAGAAACUGAUCUGGGAAAAUAGGCCUACGUCUGUAAAACACGCAUUUUUGGUAAACUAAUGCAUCACGACACACAUGCUCGAAAAUCCGCAUAUUAUCUAAGCCGUAGAUCAUUUUAAAAGAUGGCAUCUAGAGACGCGUCUGAAGACAAGUCAUCCUCUUCUCUUCAUUAUCAUGUCGUCUUACUGGGAAAAACCGGAAAUGGGAAAAGUGCUACUGGAAACACCAUCUUGGGUAGAAAAGCUUUCCUUUCAAAGAUGAGUUUUAAAACCGUAACGCAAGAGGUUAAGCGGGAAAGCAUUACCGAAGGAGGAGCCACUCUUACCGUCUACGAUACACCGGGAUUCUUUGACCCAGAAAAUGAACUGAGCCUCGAGGAGAUGUAUACGAGAAAUGACGAGCUUCCUAAGUUGAGCACACCAGACCCGCUUGUGAUUCUGCUGGUGAUCAGACCUGACAGACUGACUCAAGAAGAGAAAAAAACGGUUGAGAUGAUUGAAGAUUAUUUCCCAGACUGGCUCAUGAAGAACACCUGGAUCAUUUUCACCAGAGGAGAUGAGCUGGAGAGAGAAGGCCAGACCAUAGAGGAUUUAAUAGAAGAAUCACAGGAUCUGAAAAAAAUUGUCCAUAAAUUUGUCGAGAGAUAUUUUGUUUUUAAUAAUGUCGCACAAGAUUCUGAACAGCGCCAAGUGAAAAAAUUAAUUGAAUCCAUCAGAACGGUUCAGCCUCAGAGAUUUCCAGAGACAGAAGGUUUUCUACAGAGACAGUCGCCGGCGGAGGAUGAAAGCAGCAGCAGUGAGAGAAGGUUAAUUCUUCUGGGGAACACCGGCUCUGGAAAGAGUGCCACAGGGAACACCAUACUGAAAGAAAAUGCCUUUAAAUCUGAGCACAGCUUUAGCUCAGUGACGAAAGAGUGUGGAUUUCGUAGAUCAAAAUGUUCUACGCAAAAAGUGUCCGUUGUUGAUACUCCGGGAUUUCUGGAUUCAACUGCAAAACCUGAAGACUUGGCGCUAAAUAUGGCGAACAGCGUUGCCCUCUGCGGUCCAGGGCCUCACGCCUUCUUGUACGUGGUGUCGCUCACUGGGAAAAUCAAACAGGAAGAUGAACAUAACAUUAAAAACAUUGAAAGAAUUUACGGAGAAGAAGUGGCAAAGUACACCAUCCCUAUAUUCACCCACAGCGAUCAGCUGGAGGGAAGGAGCGUGGAAGAUCUCAUCAGAGAGAAUCAAACGCUCAGCCGAUUUGUUCAGCAGUGUGGAGGAAGAUACCACGUCAUGAACAACAAAGACCCCAGAAACAGAAAGCAGGUGAAUGAACUGCUGCAGAAGAUUGACAAGAUGACCGAGAAGAACGGAGGGUACUACACGAACGAGAUGUUUCAGUAUGCACAGAAAUCGAGACGCGAUGAGGAAAGAGAGGAGCGCUUCAUUGAGAGAAUGUGGAGGAAAGCUAAAGAACUCUAUCAGGCAUUCGAGCGUCAUUUUAUUGCUGUGGCUCAAAUGUUACUUUCAUUAGCUAAUAGAGUUAUAAGACUUGUAAGUAAUGUGAACGUGACAUGUACUACACGAGACAAAACAUUUGACAUUCCAGCCAACACGGAAGAAGCUGACAAGCUAAUAAAUAGAUAAGAGGGAGUUUGUUUUAAACUUGAUUUCAGUCUGUGGCGCUGCUGUUUUAAAAUAAAUAAUGUACCGACGUUUUAUAAACUUCUUAACAAGCAGUAGCAAAUCUUUAAGGAUCAUAAGGACUUUUGUACUGUCUGUAAAGUUGAUGCAUGAUUCAUCUAAAUGUGCUGAAAAUGGAGAUGUUGAUGUAAGUGUUAUAUUUUACAUACCGUCCUUUCCUGUCAAGAAUGAUUUGUCUUUUGUUUUAUUCAAUAAUGCAAUCAUAUGUUCAGAAACAAGUGAUCUGUAAAAAGUAUAAAUAUAUUUACAGUCACAAAAAUGAUUUUGGUUCAGCUUUGUGAAAUAAAAGCAUUAAGUUAUAAAGUG